GGCGAAGGAAAAGAAGAAGGCCUGACUCCAAGCCUGGGCCUCGGAGUGGAUGGAGAAGCCGGGAAGGACGGGGACAGUCAGCUUUGACUUUGGCCAUCCCUAUGAAUGAGAGACCACCUCCAAGUCACUCAAUUGCUAAUAGCCCUGCUGAGGUCUUGCAAGCUCAGCUGUGGCUUCCUAGACUGAGGUCAUCCAUCUGUAAAGCGGUCUUCCUCCUUUCCUGCUACCUUCAGCCUUACCAAGCUUCGCUGUCUUCUCCAUGGCUGUUGAUCUUGAAGACAAAGACAAUGACUACCUCAAUAGCACUAGCUCCUUGUACCAGACGGCAAACACUACCAUCCAAGAUGAUACACCACUAUUUGAAGAGCCACAGGAAAAAGGACUUGAUAUUCACAAACCUAAAGAUCACUUCAAUGGCAGCUAUAUUAUUUUCUUCUUUCUGGGCACAACCUCUCUUUUGCCUUUAAACUUCAUCAUGACUGCAAAGCAUUAUUGGAUGUACAAACUUCAGAACUGCUCAGAACACGUCUCUCCUGCAGCACAAGGAAGCUUGGACAUUCGGGACUUCUUUGAAAGCUACAUUUCCGUGGCUUCCACUGUGCCUUCAGUCCUCUGCUUGAUUGGGAACUUCCUGCUAGUCAACAAGGUCUCUGUCAGUGUACGCAUCCUGUCCUCCUUGGUUAUCAUGUUAGCUGUUUUCCUGGUGAUCACAGCGUUGGUGAAAAUGGACACCUCUGCUUGGACUCCGUGGUUUUUUAUCAUCACUCUCCUUAGUGUGGUUGUCAGCAGCGGUGCUGCCACAGUCUUCAGCAGUAGCAUCUUUGGCCUAUCAGGAUGUUUCCCUAUGCGGAAUUCCCAGGCAUUGAUUUCAGGUCAGGCCAUGGGAGGCACAUUGAGUGCCAUUGCAGUGGUGGUGGACCUGGCAGCAGCCUCUGAUGUUACAGACAGUACUUUGGCCUAUUUCCUGACAGCAGACAUCUUCAUUAUUCUGUGUAUUGGGAUGUACUUGAUCCUUCCUAAGAUGGAGUAUACCAGAUACUAUUUAAAAAGACAGCAGGACAUUACACAGUCACCAUGCAUCUUGCCUACUGAUUAUGUUGAGGAAGAGGAUGUGGCAACAGACAACAUCAGCCAGUUUCCAUUGAACAGAAACUAUACUGGAGCAGUGCCUCCCCUGUGGUCCAUCCUGAAGAACAUCAGUUCAUUGGGCUUCUGUGUCUUCUAUGUCUAUUUCAUCUCUAUCAUCAUUUUUCCUGCCAUCUCAUCCAGCAUAGAAUCUGUCAACAAGUUCUCAGGGAGUGUGUGGACAGACAAAUACUUCACUCCCCUCACAAGCUUUCUGCUGUAUAACUUUGCUGACUGGUGUGGACGCCAGAUCACAGCCUGGAUCCAGGUCCCUGGACCAAAAAGCAAGUUGCUUCCUACUAUGGCUCUGCUGAGGACUUUUUUCAUACCAGUCUUCAUACUUUGCAACUAUCAGCCACGAAUGCACAUCAGAAGGGUAGUCUUUACCCAAGAUGUCUAUCCAGUGGUCUUCACUGUGCUCCUGGGAUUUAGCAAUGGCUACCUGAGUACCCUAUCAAUGAUCUACGGCCCCAAGGUCACUCCCAAAGAAUUGUCAGAGGCAGCAGGAGUAUUAAUGAUGUUAUUCUUGAUGCUAGGGUUGGCUUUGGGGUCAGGCUUCUCAGUUCUUGUUGUCCAUCUUAUAUAGAAGAAGGAAGCAGGAGUAUUCCAGUCCAUUCCUGAGCCUCAUUGAUAUCAAGUCAUUUUCUGACAUUUUCAGCCAGACAGACAUGUGCCAAAGGUAGCCAUUUUCUGAUUUAGGAGCUGGUCUGAAUACUUUUGCCCUCUGGUAAUGUGCCAGAACCUCAGAAGCGAAUCAUAAAAUACAAGGGCCAAAUGCACAAGUAAUGCAAAAUACACAGUUCACAAGACACAGGGACCAAAUUCUAUUCAAAUAAGUCUCUCACCUUUGUCUGGACAGUGGGAUUAUAAUAGUGUGUCCAGGUAUUAUGUGGAUCCUGUGGAGAGCCAAAAAGACAAACAAAUGGGCCCUAGGACAGCUCAAAACAGAAACCUCCCUGGAAGCCAAGAUGACUAGGCUGAGGCUGUUGAAUUUUGGUCACGCCAUGAGAAGGCACAACUCACUAGAGAAAACAAUCAUGUUAGGAAACUGAGGGAAGUAGAAAGAGAAGAAGGCCACAUGUCAGAUAGGUGGACUCUCUUAAGGAGGUCAUGGGUAUGAAUUUACAGGAACUAAGUAGAGCAGUGGAGAUUAGGGAGUCUUGGAGAUGUCUCAUCCAUGGGAUCAUCAUGAGUGAAGAUCGACUUGAAGGUAGUUAACAACAAUAGCAAUAUAUGUACAAAAGAGUCAGUGUGGUAUAUCGGUUUGAGGACUAGGAUUCUGGGAAUCGAGUUUCAAUUUCCUUCUCAGCCAUGGAAACCUGCUGAGUGAUCUUGAGUGAGUCACAGCCUCUCAGCCCCAGAAAACCCUGUAAAAGCAUCACCUUAGGGUUACUAUAUGUCAGAAAUGACUUGAAGGUGCACAACAACAGCAAUAUGUAUAGAGUUUUUCUCAAAGCGUUUGUGACAAAAGGAGUCACUAAUUAUUUGUUAAGGACACUAGGGCGGGUUACAGACGGGCAGGGGAAGACGUCUUGGAGGUGUAUUCUGCUGAAUACGGAGCCUCCAGACCGCCCGCCCUGGGGGCGUGGCUCAGGUGUUGGGGCUUCCACAUGGG